AAAGCUUCAUCAUUUCUCGCUGUCUCUACCCUGUUUCUCUCUCUCUGUCUCUCUCUGUCUCUUUCUUUUCCAUUUCAACUUGAACAACUGUGGAAUGUGACCUGCGGAAUGUGACCUGCAAGUUCAAUCAAGAAGAUGACAUUCUAGUGUUUGCCUUUGCAUACUGACAUUAUAUGCACUUGUAGUCUCUGUUUCCUCUGUUUUCUCCUUUUCCCUGGCCAUGGACUCUGGAGCUCGCCUCAACUAUGCUUUGUUUCAGCUCACUCCAACUCGAACCAGAUGUGACUUGGUGAUCUUCUAUGGAGGCAAAUCAGAGAAACUAGCAUCUGGGUUGUUCCAGCCCUUUGUUUCUCACCUCAAAUCUGUAAAAGAUGAGAUUUCUAGAGGUGGCUAUUCAAUUACUCUUCGCCCGCCCACACCUCAUGCACCCUGGUUCACCAAAUCCACCUUUCAAAGAUUUGUGCGCUUUGUCAGCACACCAGCAGUUCUGGAGAGGUUUGUCAGUAUUGAAAGGGAGAUUUUGCAGAUUGAGAGUUCAGUUCAACUGGAGGAAGGAGUUGUCUCUGCCGAUCGGAGUACAAGGAAGCCAACUGAUUCUUUAAAGAAAAGAGGCAAACUUGAAGAAACAGAGGAUGUAGCAGAACACGAGAACUCCAAGGUUCGCCUUCAACGUAUUUUGGAGACAAGGAUAGCAUUGCUUCGGAAGCAGCAAGCAAUGGCUUAUGCUCGAGGCCUAGUUGCUGGGUUUGAAAUCCACAAUAUAGAUGAUCUCAUUUCUUUUUCGGAUGCAUUUGGAGCUUUGCGCUUAAGGGAAGCAUGCAUUAACUUCAGGGAAGUAUACAAGAAAAAGCACACAGAUGGUUUAUUUAUGGAAGAACUAGCAGCAAUGGUGGCCUCUUCACCAGAUUUGCAAUUCGCAGGAGCAUCUGGAAUCACACUUACGAAUGAAACAGAUGUCACUAAUCAAAAUGUUAUGUUAAAUCUUCCCAAUGCAGGUGUCCCUACUGGUGAAAAAGUUCAAGCGCCAAUGCCAUUUCCAAACCAGAUUCCUCAAUACUUUUACAGUUCGCUGGGCCAUACAAACCAAUUGCCUCCAUACCAUGGAUAUCCCUUUCCUACUAUGCAGUCUUUCCCUCCUCAUUAUCCAAGGAACCUGCAGUGGCCUCCCAACAUGGAGGAAGCAAGCUUUCGUAUGGAACCCAACCAUCAUAGGGUUCAGAAGUCAUCUUCAAGAAGGAGGAAGAACUCCAAUAAAAAAAGAUCUGAACAUUCAGGGGAAGGCAAACAAAUUGAGUCCAGCGACUCCACUUCUGCGAGUGAUUCUGACUCAGACACAGUGCAAGAGAGAAAGCAUUCUGAUAUGGAGAAUUCAUCCAAAAAUAAGUUUAGGAAGAAAUCCUCUAGAAAAGUGGUUAUUCAAAAUAUUAACUACAUCACACCCAAGAGGAGAGAUGGGAAUAAAGGUGGAGUUUCUGAUGAAUCUUUUUCAGAUGAGGAGUUUGAUGAUGAAAAUUCCCUCGAACAAAAGUCUGAUAAAGCAGAAGUAUUGGAGAUAUCCCAUGAGUCAAAUGUCGACAAGAAUCACUGUAUUUUGAAUGGAUCAAGUAGUGAGGAUUUGUCAGUUAAUACUGAUGAACAUUUUCUAGCGAGGUCUGAAGGUGGAGAUUCAUUAGCAGGCAGGCCUACUUUGGGGCUUGAUUUUGAGAGAAUUCCGAAGAAACUAACAGCUGGAGCUGCAGUUGAUCCUUUGGUUGUGAUGGAGAGGAAUGAAAGAAAUGAUUAUACAGUGAAGUUGGAAGAUUUUCAAAAUGAAAAAAGUUUCGGUUCAGUUAUGGAGAGAAAGGAUUGUGAAGAUCGGGAUAUAUUAUUUUUGCAGAGAUCAGAAAAGUCAGGAGCUGACAUCAGGUGUGCAUUUUCUGCUUCUGCUGCUGAAUCUACUAUAACCAAGAGUUUGAGGAGCGAAGAUUGGUUUGUUGUCAAUCACUCAGAAAAUACAGAAAACUCGAGAGUACCAAUUUUGCAAACAAUUUCCGAUGGUGAUUGUAUUUUCGCAUUAGAGAGAAAAGACAUGGGUGUGGAUGAUUCUUUCUUUAUACAGACUAGAUCAGCAUCUAAUGAUAUGUAUGAAUCUCCAUGGAAAACUGAAAUAAACAUGGAUAACAAUCUGAGUUUAGCUGCCAAGAAGGAAAAUGGCACUAUAGAUAAUGCACAAGAUAAGCAUGGAGCACCGAAGACCUCUGAGCCAGAUGACCUUUCAAUGAUUCUGGAAAGGGAUUCAAACUUGGAGUCUACUGCAAUUUCUUGGAGUAUGGACUAUGGAGCAGAAAUUUCAUUUCCAGAUGCCAACCGAAGAUCUUCUGGCGUUGAGACAACUGAUGUUGUGGAUAAGAAGCUUGCUUCAAAUGGUAUGAAGAACAAUAAAUCUCCUGGAACAAAAGAUGGUGGAAAAGAAGCAAGGUCUAACAUUGUACGGAAACCACUUAACAACAGAAUUGAUUUCAAAAGCAAUAAAGCAUCUCCUGCACGUAGGCCUAUGAUACAAAAGAGCAAAUUGGAGAAGGAAGAAGAAAUUCGGAAAAAGAUGGAGGAACUGCGGAUAGAACGCCAAAAAAGAAUUGCUGAGAAAACUGCAGCGGUAGCACCCAAAAGAGUUCCAUUAGAGAGUAAAACAGCUAAGGGCUCCAUUAAGAGUGACAAGAGCAAACUUCAAUCUACAAAGAGAACUCUACAUCUGUAAAUGGAUAUACAAAGCAGCCGCAGCCACAAGUACAGUCUAUACACAUGAGGGCUGAUUUGGCCUACAACCAGUUUGAGCCUAUGAAUUCUUGAUUGAAACUCCCAUAUAGAUUUGUUCAUAGUUAUAAUAUCCCUUUACUAUACCUUUGGCAUGAUGCUUCUACUAUUUGUUUCAGAGUUUACUGCCUCGCUGAAUUGGCAAUUCGUCUUAUAUGAGUUGAAGUGCAAAAAGAUGCCAUUUGUUGCCAGGAAAAUAAGUAGAUGUGUGUCAAUUGGCAUACCUGGAUGCACAACGUUUACAUAUUUUUACAUUCAUAAGCUGGGAUAAGGAAUUUGUAUCCCCUUGGUUUCUAAUUGAAUAUAUGCACGUUUGAAUAUAUCC